GUGUAAGAGAGAGAGAGAGAGAGAGAGAGAGAGAGAGAGAGAGAGAGAGAGAGAGAGAGAGAGAGAGGAGUGAAGCGUCAUUCUCCUCCUUUCUUCCUUUCAGUGAACGCGCAUCACUUGAGAGAAACGGCGCCCCAGACCCAGAAGUUUCUUGUCUGCCGGCUCGGCUCGAUACUCGACACUGUUCAGUUUUUUCCCCCCCGGUUUCGUUUUUAUCCUCAUCCCUCACUUUCCUUUUUUUCUCUCUCUCCCUCUCCCUGGCUCGAGGAUUCAGCCGGGGUGUAGCAGUAAUACAGGGCGUAGCUGAAGAAGGAUUUCGCUAGCUCGCCGCUGCACUGACUGCUGCUCUGGCCAUCUGUGCAAAGGAAAACAGAGAACAGAGGGAUGGACGGAGAGCGGUCGUGGUGGGGGAAGGAAAGAAAUCGAGGAGGGGAAAAUGACCAGACCUCACUGUCUCUGGAAAGCCUGUAGACCUGUACCCAUCUUGUGAGAUUUAAGUCCAUCAGACCUGCACCGCAGAGACGGACCACUACCACUCUGAGGGAGAUGAAGCCGGAUGGGGUUGUCACGGCAGCAAUGGAGCCAAUGGAAACACUGGAAUCCAAUCCAGUGAAUGAGGCAGCACCAGCCGCGGGACAGGAGCCCAAUCAGGCAGCCAGUCCAGCAGAGGAGGCGAUGCCACAGCAACCUGCAGGAGAGACAGGCCAGGUGGAACCCCAGCUGGAGCAGUCCAAGGAAACCACAGCUGCCAAGACCAGCAACAAAGCGUCAGGAGACUCCAAAGCCAAGACGACCAACAAGGCUGCGGCCAAGACAAAACCUGGUACCACAAACCCAACCAAGACCACAACUGGCCCACGGCCCAACAACGCAUCCCAGAGCCGCCUCGCAAAUGGCGUGUCAAAGCCCCAGACCAACGGAGUGGCUAAGAAAGCCCCGUCUGCCGCAGUGAAAAAGAGCACCCCAACCACAGCUCCCGCCAAAAAACCAACAGGCCCUGCCAGCAAAGUGGGUGAGAAGAAAGCCACGGGGGCUGCCCCUGCCACCAAUGGUGCAAAAUCAAUGACUGGAACAACGGCGGCCAAGAAGACACCAUCCACCACUACUAAUGGCGUCAAAACUAGCACCACCACGGCUGCGGCUAAAAAGCCCCCAGCAUCCAAACCUGCCUCUGCAACUCCCACCAAGCCGAGCUCCACUGCCUCACCUAAGCCCCCUGCUUCCAAGACAACUAGGCCUUCAACUGGCACGACAGCUUCAUCUCGUCCUGCCACAGGCUCAACCCGGCCACCCACUGCCAGCACAACCAAGAGCUCCCCAGCUACAGCCAAACCUGCCACCCCUAAAACCUCCACCACUGCCAGGCCUACUGCCUCCAAACCAACCUCUACUACCCCCUCUGGUGGCAAACCUCUAGCAUCACAAACAUCCAGAAAUGCAACCCCUGUGAAAAAAGAUGCUUCAAAACCAGCCACCCCAGCAUCCAAAAAGCCUGCAGAGUCCCCCCUGACUCGCUCAUCUGCUACAACCAAGUCAGCAAAACCUGAGACCCCCAAAUCAGCCUCAAAAUCAGACGUCACUGCUAAAAAGCCUCCUGCUAGUAAGGCUGCAGAUACAAAGACACCCAGUCGCCCCAAAGACAGUAAGGCACCUUCUAAGGAUGCUUCCAAAACUCCUGUGUCCAAAUCGGCUGCAGCAAAGACCUCCACCCCCAAGAAACCUGUGGGCUCCAGCACCCCGACGCCUGUGAAACGUGGCCCCAAACCUGCUGCAGAGCCUGAAAAGGAAAUAUCUGCUGCUGUAGCUGCUGCUGCAGCAAUCGCAACUGCAGCAGCUGCCAUUGUCGGGGCAGAGGAACAAGAACCACCUGCAGUGGCAGUUGUGGAACCAUCUCCUGGGCCAGAGCCAGUCUCUGCACCAGUGUUGGAAGUGACACCAGAGCCUGUACGAGAACCAACCCCAGAACCUUUACGAGAACCAACUCCAGAGCCGAUACGGGAACCAACACCAGAACCUGUGCGAGAACCUACACCAGAACCUAUACGAGAGCCAACACCAGAACCUGUUAGAGAACCGACACCAGAGCCAAUACGUGAACUUACACCAGAACCUGUACGAGAAGCAUCUCCUGAACCACUGUCUCUGCCAUCAGCGGAGCCAGAGCUCAAGGCCGAUCCCAUUCAUGAAGCAGCCUCCAAUGUUCAGCCAUCAGCCCAACUGGACCUUUUCCAAUUUGAGGAGUCUGCAAAUGACUCGGUUUCUUCUCUGGGAACUACCGUCAUGUCUCCUCCCUCUUCCCCACCUGGCCGUGUUUCCCCUGUCAGAGAGCCACAGAACGCCUCCUCUCUGCUGGACAUGCAUUUCCAGUCUGAUAUGAUGAAUUUCCAGACAGAAGAGAAAAAGGAGGACAAAGAACAGUUUGAGGCACGAAAGACUAUGGAGGAUGAAGACGAGGAAGAGGAGGAGGAGGAAGAAGAAGAGAAGGAGAACCUGUUUAUGCCUACCUCCACAGCUCCAUCUGCAGAUGCCUUCAAUGUGAUGGCACAACCCAAUCUGUUGGGUACCUCACCCAUGGAUGACUUCGCCUCCAGGCACCUGAUCUCCCCUCAUGAAAAGGAGGAGGCAGUGGAAAAGGCUGAUGAAGAGAUAAAUGAGGACGAUGAUGAUGAUGAGGAUGAAGAUGAGGAACAGAGGAGAUUAGGCCAUCAGCCUUCUUCUUUGAUCACCGAUAUGAGCACGUCUCAGCCCUCUGAAGAGUUCCAGGUCCGGUCCUCAGCUUUCGGUGGCUCUGCAGGUUGGCACGGUGACGACCUGCUGUCUGGGAUGGACUCUGAGGACGUGAGCAGCUGCACCAGCAGUCGGCAGCAGGGAGUGUCUGACCUCAGCAGCACCCAGCAUACUGCCAUAUUGGAAGGCACCCAGAGCUCAGACGCUCUGGUCGAUUCAAGCCUUCGUGGAUCUGAGGGCGAUGGUAAUCUCAUGGGUUCUCCCAACGUGGAAACCCUGGCCAACGAAGAGGAAGACGAUGAAGAGGACGAGAGGGUUGAUGAUAUGGACUUGAGUUCAGAGAGGGUAGAGGAGCAUCACAAAGCGUUCCAGCAGGAGGAACAUGACGAGGAUGAGGAUGAAGAUGUGGAGAUGCACAGUGAAGGCGUGACGGAGAGUUGUGAGAAUGCAGAUGAAGACGACUUCAAUGAGGAGGAGCGUUUGGACAACCUCAAUCGCUCUGGUCCUCCACCUUGCGUCCCCCCGACCUCCUCCUGGGGCCAGACCAACCCCUUCUCUGAUCCCUGGGCUCAACCAGCCUCUCUGCUCUCUGUCUCCUCCCCUAGCCCCAUUUCUGACCAUGGUGCAGUUGAGUCUGAAACACCCACCCUGUCUCCUGCCCAGGCACGUUUGGAGAGCAGUGCCCCCUCCUUUGCUCCUCAGUCAAAAGAUGAGUUCGGCCAGCAUGAGGAGAUGAAGAGCUCGGCCCCUGAGGAGGUUCAUGACUUACUUGGUGCCCAAGCAGGAGGCAUGUCCCAGCCGAGCGCUCUGGCCGCCCACAGUGGUAGCGAGACGAGCACACCAGAGGACCUCCGCGACUAUGACAGCAGCUCUGGGGUGGAGUCCCGCUCAGACAAACAGCAGACACCAGUACCUGCUUCAGUCCAGCCUGACAUGGAGCAGGACCUGGGUAUUCACUUGGAGAAAGGCGAUGGCGAAGAGGAGGAGGCUGAGACACUUCCUGCCGAUGAGGUCUUAGGAACGGGACCCCCAACUGCUCCAGCAUCUGCCCCCUCUUCCCCCUCCACCUCAGGAGACGAGGCCAGCGACACAGAGGGUGAGAUGCAAAUAAACGACCCUGAUGCGCCAGUGAUGAUGGAUGAGAGCGCUGGAUUUGAAAGCCCCACUCCCACCUGUAGUCUGCCUGCUCUUGAGGAGGAUGAAGAGGCGGCGGACACAGCAGCCGGAGAGGGUGAAGAGGAUGGAGGUGGGACCACCCCUCAGUCAGCCAACUCUGUGGCAUCUUACGGCUUUGACUGCACCACAUCCAACUCCAACGCCCAUUCCAUGGCCGAGAGCUGUGGAAAGAGCCCAGGGAUUUUCUCUCUUGAGAAUGAGGAGCAGCUGCCAGAGGAGGCAAAGGACCCCUCCCUCAUCAAGGAGUUGACCCUGCCAUCAGCUGCUGCUGCUGCCCAGGCAGAGGACCUGCUGGGCAGACACGUGGACCUGAUGCCUUUGGGCCAUCCGGGAGAGAACCAGCCCAGUCUAGGGGAGCACCACUACAUGCUGGGGGGAAAGAUUGCAGGAGACCACCUGGAGGAGGUCGAUCCGUUGGAGCCCAGUCGCCACUUCGGGGCCCAGGAAUCUGAAGACACCGGUGACAGCCAGCCACCCUACUACUCUACCAUAUGUGAUAAGACUGAUAGUUUUCUGGCAGGUAAUGUAUAAGUCCCUCCUAUUACCCUUGGAAUGCACCUUUUCCCCGCAACCUUCCCCCUUUACCUGUUGUUCGUUUUCUCUCCAGUUGGGUUAGAUGGCUUAGAAGAACAAAAAAGGAGAGCAAGAUUGUAGGAAAAGAAUUUUAAAAAAGUGAACAGAGGAGAUGGAAAAAAAAUGACUGUAGCAAUUUUUAAAUGAAGCCUCCCUCUUUCAUACUGGUAUGGUCACGGUUAUGAGUGUAUGGCUUAAACUCCUUUAUGUACAAUAGCUACUACCAUUUUCUAGUAGAAUGUUCUUUUUAAGUAACACUGCAUAUUCUGUAGCCCCUGAUGGGGUAUUGACUGAUUGGUCCAAUGUGACUGAGCUUUGAAACCGAAAAAAGCAAAAAAAAACAACAAAAAAAAAACAGAUGAAAUGACAUGGACUCAUUGUGUAUUUAUCCUACUGUUUUUACCGAACAAAUGUCAAUGAUUUUUUUUGUUUUGUAUUUGCUUAUUUGUUUUUCUGUUUGUUUUUUCUGUUGAAACCUGGUCUUCCCUACCCUGUGUACACACGCUUCAUGUUCAACAGCACCAUAGCGAUAGUCAAAUGCUCCUUUUCAAAGUUUGUGUUCUUGUUUCAAGACUUUUAGCUAUCAAAAUAAAGGCUAGAUAUUAACACGGCGGCUCGCCCUUACAGAUUUGUUGAGGUAGGUAUGGGAGUUAUUAGAUUGCAUUUGGUGAAGUUUUUUAAAUGUGUGCUUCAAGAGGUUCUGCGCUCUUUGCAUAGGUUGUUAAGGUAUAUAACGUGCAGUCACGUACAGUAUGUGUUUCAGGCAUUGGUUUUAAGUGGCUAAGCUUCAAGCCUCAGUUAGCUGAUCAUAUGUGUUCCAGAAGAGACUAACGACUAGCCUUUUAUUUGUGAUGAGACACUGCAUUGUCCUACAUUGCUCUCACAGUUGAGCUUUACACUCGCUGAAACGUUUUCAUAGUUGGGCGUUUGGUUUACUAUUUCAACAGUAUAUUGCAUGUUUAACUAACAAAGAUUGUGUACUACAUUGAAUUUGAAACAAUUCUACACUAGACAUGUUCAUAAAUGAAUGGUUCACACUAGGUUAUCUCUCAAAAUUCCAUUAAAACAUCAUUGCAAGGCA